AUGGCGGCGGGGGGCGUGUGGGUGUUCAAGAACGGGGUGAUGGAGCUGGAGCAGGAGGCGACGAGCCGGAAGGCGCUGGUGUACGUGCCGGCGAACGAGACGAUGCGGUCGCUGGCGGCACUGGAGCGGCGGCUGGGGUCGCUGGGUUGGGAGCGCUACUACGAGGACCGCGCCAUCGUGCAGCUCCACAAGCGCGGCGGCGUCGACCUCAUCUCCAUUCCCCGGGACUUCUCCAGGCUCCGCUCCACCCAUAUGUAUGACGUCGUCGUCAAGAACCGCGACCAGUUCAAGGUCGUCGACCUCUAUAUGUAA